GGCUCCCAUUUAGUGGUUCGCUUCAGGGAGGCCUGGACAUUCGUGGUUGCGCGCUGACCGAGUGGUAAGGGCUAGUACUUGGCAAAGUACUUCCAGGCCACAGGGACGAGCGUGGACUGACAGCGGCUUGAGGUGGGGAGGAGGCGUAGACUUGCCGGCUUGCCCUCGUCGGGAAUGAGCCUGGAGCGCCGCCCUCGGGUCUGGCGGGAGGCUUGGAGAAGAGGACGGAGUCUUUGAGGCCGAGUCGCCGUGGUGGGAGGGUCGGGCAACCCUGGCCCAGCUUCUGGCCGCGCGAGCAGGGCGGGGCCUGCACCGAAGCCGUGCACCCUCGUGCAAUCCCGGGUUGGAGGAGGACCCGGCAGCCGCGUUGUUCUCGGCCUCUAUGUGAAACCUGUCUCCCAGUAUGCCGCAAGGAGAUGAUUCCUGAGCAUCUGGGAAACCCGAGGCCUUCCGAAGGCGCUGCUGGAAAUAAAGUCUGCAGUAGCAAAUCCAGAAACUGAACUUGGAAGGUUUAACCACCGACUCAUUUCGCAGAAUAUUUCAUGAAUUUGUGGAUUCAAAAAUGGAGUUGAUUUUUAUUUUUAUAAAGACAUUGGCAGUGAUGUGAUAUGACUAUAAAUGCUUAUUUGAUGAAGAUGUUUGCGCCUGUUUUGUGGCUGAACUAGUGUCAUUUCUGAAGUUUUCUCAUCCACAGUUUCUAUUUGAAUAUUCAAGUAUCAAGGAAUACUGGAUUUAGAAUGCAUAAUGAUGGUGUGUUUUCUUUGAAGACUUCAAAUUUCAUAGAGACCACAGUUGGAUUCCAGUUACAUUCACCAAAGUGGCACAUAUUCAGUGUUUUGACAAACUUAAUUUUGAAGAAUUUUACGUUUGUCAACAGCACCAAAGAAUGGGAGAAAAAAAUGGUGAUGCAAAAGCCUUCUGGAUGGAGCUAGAAGAUGAUGGAAAAGUGGAUUUCAUAUUUGAAAAAGUACAAAAUGUGCUACACUCAUUAAAACAGAAGAUCAAAGAUAGAUCAGCUACAAAUAAAGAGUAUAUCCAAGCAAUGAUUCUAGUGAAUGAAGCAACUAUAAGUAACAAUUCAACAUUGGUAAAGGAUAAUAAGCAUAUGAUUCAGAAUGAAAAGGAAAAGAAAUCAAAUGUAUUUCCCUCUAUAACAUAUGAGAACUCCUUUACAAAAGACAGGAUACUUCAAUCUAUAGAAAAGCAAGAAGUUUUCCUUGUGGAACAUACAGUUGUAAACCAUGGAGAAAAAGAAAAAGAAUCAUCUUUGAAAUUACCUUACAAAAGUCAUAACUGCUCUAGUGCUUGUCUGAUCAAGAUGCCAGCAACCUUCAAGGGAGAAAACCCUCUCCAGCUGCCAAUUAAGUGUCACUUCCAAAGACAACAUGCUAAGACAAACUCACAUUCAUCUGCACUCCACGUGAGUUACAAAACUCCUUGUGGAAAGAGUCUACGAAACAUGGAGGACGUCUUUCAUUACCUGCUUGAAACAGAGUGCAACUUUUUAUUUACAGACAACUUUUCUUUCAAUACUUACGUACAACUGACUCGGAAUCACCCCCGGGAAGAAGUUGUUAUUUCUGAUGCAGAUAUUAGUAAUGGUGUGGAAUCAGUGCCUAUUUCUUUCUGUAAUGAAAUUGACAGUAGAAAACUUCCGUUGUUUAAGUACAGAAAGACCGUGUGGCCACGAGCGUGUUAUGUAAACAACUUUUCCAACAUGUUUACUGAUUCAUGUGACUGUUCUGAGGGCUGCAUAGACAUAACAAAAUGUGCGUGUCUUCAACUGACCUCAAGGAAUGCCAAAACUUGUCUCAUUUCAAAUGAUAGAAUAAGCACUGGAUAUAAAUAUAAAAGACUUCAGAGGCAAAUACCUACUGGCAUUUAUGAAUGCAACCUGUUAUGCAAAUGUAAUCGACAAAUAUGCCAAAACCGAGUUGUCCAACAUGGCCCUCAAGUGAGGCUGCAGGUAUUCAAGACUGCAAAGAAGGGAUGGGGAGUACGAUGUCUUGAUGACCUUGACAGAGGGACAUUUAUUUGCAUUUAUUCAGGAAGAUUGCUAAGCCGAGAUAACCCUGGGAAACCUAAGGCUACUGAUGAAAGUGGGAAUGAAGAGGAUAUUAUAAAAAAUACCUGUUCCAAAAAGAGGAAAAUAGAAGCUUCAAGUUCAGAUUGUGAGGUUGAACUUAUCCCAGUAGGAUUGGAAAAAGCUGCUAUAAAUGCUAAAACUGAGGAACAUCUACCUCAGUUUAGUGAUAAUCCAAAAGAGCCCGAGCCUAUUACGAAGAUGAAUUUUAACAAUAUUUCAAGAACGCACUCAGUUAUUAGAAGUCCUAAAUCCAAGACAGCCCUUUUUCAACGCAAUGGGAAAAAGAUGGGAUUUGUUUCCUUGGAGUCUCUCAUCCCAGAAGAUAACCAUGGAUUUAAAGUGGCUCAAGAAAACCUAAUCUUGAAAGCCAGGAGACCACAAGAGGACUCAAAUUCAAACCAGUUUGAAGAUUCUGAAGACAAACAGCUGAUUGAAUCAGAUGUGAUUGACAUAACUAAAUGUAAACAAGAAAUUCCACCAGGAGGCAGAUGUAACCAAGCAGCCAUAUCGUAUAUUGAGAAUAUUAGAAAGAAGUUUCUGAUUCAAAUACAAAUGUCCCGAGAGGAAAAUUCUUCAGCAUGUCAAAACCAGCAGGCCUUUUGUGAAGAGUUUUCAAGUGAAGUAAAUACUUCAUCUGAUUCUUUAAUGAAGUUCAAUGAAGGUAGUGUGUUUUUAUUGGAUGCCUCAAAAGAAGGAAAUGUGGGCCGCUUCCUUAAUCAUAGUUGUUGUCCAAAUCUCUUUGUACAGAAUGUUUUUGUAGAAACACAUGACAGGAAUUUUCCAUUGGUGGCAUUCUUCACCAACAGGUAUGUGAAAGCAAGAACAGAACUAACAUGGGAUUAUGGUUAUGAAGCUGGAACUAUGCCUGACAAGGAAAUCCUCUGCCAGUGUGGGGUUAAUAAUUGUAGAAAAAAAAUAUUAUAAGCAUGUAGAUAAUGCCUGAAAUUAGAGCCAUCAUUUAUCAGUGCAGUUAAUUUAGGUCCAUGUCCACCAAAGUAAUUCCUCUAUUUACCCUGAUUUAGGGAGUCCAUAUUUUAUUUGAUUAACUUAGAAAUGCCAGGAACACAAUAAGGACAUUUUCAUACGCAUUGGGUAUCUUGUUUUACUGCUGUUUAACUUUCAUGAGUAAAAUGGGAGUGUAUUUUAUAUGAACUUAUCACUGUGCAAUUUUUAACUUAUUUGUAAAUUAUAUACUAAGAAAAAUAAGUCACAAAAGAAUUCAGCUGUUUCUAAAUUGCUUUUGAAGUCACUAUCUGUUUUUUUACUUUUUUUGCCAGUCCUGAGGCUUGAACUCAGGGCCUGAGCACUGUCCCUGGCUUCUUUUUGCUCACUAGCCCUCUGCCACUUGAGCCACAGUGC